GGCGAAUCACUGGUCUGGUGUUAUAACACAGCUGACGGUGGUGCAAUCUGAAACCCUCGCUGUAAGCAAAAAAAAAACAACGAGAACGUGAAUGGACACGCACGUUUAAAAUGUUUGAAUGUGCCGCAAACUGAGUGGAACGACGUACGGUGCGCGUCUCGUAAACGCGCGAGACGGAACGACGCUACAACGCCGGUGGCUCGCAAUUCGCAACACGCAACUAGGAAUAUACGGUAGUACACGCAUCGAGGAUUGAGGAAUCCUCUAUUGCGUAACGGAUCGACAGAGAAAGAGAGAAAGAGAGAGAGAGAAAUAGAAAAAAGAAGAGUACACUCGUUAAAACACCAGACAGUCACUUUAUCUGUGAUUCACGCGAUAUCGAGUGUUCCUCGAGUGUGUGAUACGCAGCUCAAUACGAUCACAGUAGAACGAUUGGCUUAUUGAAUUCGUUCAAAGUACAUGGGUUCGGCUGCGUCAGGUCUUAGUUGAACGUCACGCGAGAUGUUGCAUCACUCCGGAGCUCCGGUCUAAUCCGCGAAAAUCGCGUCCAAGAUACGAGCAGAUUAAUUACACAAGUAAAAAAUAUACUUCAAGUGACUAUAAGUCUAAAUCAUGUUACAAAACGUGAAUAGGGAACUAGCUCCUAUAAAGUCACAUUAUUUUCUUUUUAAUGCUGCGACAGGGCCAAUGGUACAAUUUUUACCAACAAUUGGAAAGCAAUUGGGCUUCUCUGCAACAGUGGUCGGUACAAUAUAUACAGUAUUACCAAUUUCUGGGCUAAUUGCAAAGCCACUGUUCGGAGGUCUGGCUGACAAGUUUAAAUUGCAUAAAACCAUCUUCUUGAUAUUCGAAGCUAUUCUGGCAAUAGCGUUUUUCUCUAUUUAUUUCAUUCCUGGAAUAGAUAAGAAUGCAAAUGUUACUCUAAUUUGCGAUAAAGGUGUGUCAUACUUAGAGAUUUGUCCACAGAUUGAAUUCUCAAAGAAGGCGUUAAGCGCCGUAAUAUUAGAAAAUAUACACACUAACACAGUCUGCCAGUUAUCUUGCAAAGGAGUAUCUCAUGGUUUCUUAGAAUUGUCUGGCAAAAAUAUUUCUACGAACAGCACAUUCGAGCUUGGUGCAGGACUUGAAUAUCAAGAUUUACUUACGAAGAACUGUGUGAAUGUGAGACUACGUACGUUUCUCGAUGACACUGCACAUGUUCCAAUAUGUGGGGAUCAGUUGAGAACUUCAUGUACAGCAAUUUGCCACAAUAGUAGUGCGUUCAAUCAUCUUCUGCAAGAAGCUAAGGAUUCGCAAAGUGAUAUGAAACAUUCUACAUAUCAGUUUCAUUUAUUUCUAUGGGCGGCUAUCAUCAGUUGGAUUGGAAUGGCUGUUGUAGUUAGCAUAGCCGAUGCCAUCUGCUUCGAUCUUCUUGGUAAUGAAAAAAGGAAUGAUUACGGAAAACAGAAAAUGUGGGGAAGCCUUGGUUUCGGUAUUUUUGGUAUAAGUGCAGGUUACCUGAUAGAUCUUUCCAGCAAAGGACAAUACGAAAAAGAUUACACUAGUAUAUUUUAUAUUAUGCUAGUGGCCAUGUUCGCCGAUAUUUUGGUGUCUGCAACAUUGAAAAAAAAAAAUCCAGAAUGCUCUGCGGACGAGCCGUCGCUAUUUCGGGAGCUAUUAAGCGUUAUCAAAGAAGGAAGGGUAUUGGUAUUUGCUUGGUGGUGUAUAGGCGCCGGGAUGUGUACAGCAGUCAUUUGGAACUUUCUGUUCUGGUACAGCGAAGAUAUAGCGGCCACUUCUCAUAUCACAUGGAGUAAAACUUUGCAGGGUCUGAUGACCGGUGUUCAAUGUUUCCUAGGAGAAUUACCCUUCAACUUUGUAUCAGGCAGAGUACUGAAAAAACUUGGCCACGUUAACGUCAUGAGUCUUGUGUUGCUUAUCUAUGCAAUUAGAUUUAUGGCAUAUAGCAUUAUAUCGAAUGCCUGGCUGUUUUUAAUUCUUGAAUUGCUCCAUGGACCUUCAUUUGGUCUAUGUUGGCCAACGAUGGUGUCCUAUGGUGAUAAAGUGACACCAUCCGGUACAAAAGCCACUAUGCAAGGAUUCAUUGGUGCUGUUUUCGAAGGAAUUGGAGUGGCAAGUGGUAGCUUCAUAUGUGGUUGGUUACUAGAUUCUUACGGAGGUGUUGCAACAUUGAGAACUUUUUCAGUAGGUGCUCUUUUGUGGCUAAGCGUCUUUUGGUUAAUGGAACUUUUGUUGAGGAAGUUAAAAGCCUAUCCGCUAUAUCGAGGCCAUAAUCGUGAAUCUGGCGAAUUAUGCCAAUCCAGAUGAUGCUAUUCUUAUGACAAUAAGUCAAGAAUUACAAACUUAUUAGUUUAGGACAAUUUUAUAAUAUUAUAAUUUUAUAAUUUUAUAUUUUAUCCAUAUAUUUUCAUUGAUAAAUCAAUGAAAGAACUAUCGCACGAUUGAAAUCAAGCAAAGUUGAUUUUUCACUGCAUUUGUACAAAUGAAAGAAAUAGUUGUCUUAUCGUGAUACUUUGUCUUUUUGUAAUAUUAAAAAAAAAUCAGUAUUAUAUAUACCAUACAAAAAUGUAAAUUAUGUCACGU